UUUUUUUUUACACGUUAUUAAGCGAACAUCAUGGCUCAAGCAUCCAACAGAGAUUUGACUGAACUUAUUAUGCGUCCCAAUACUGGCACAGUUGGUAAACAAGUACGUGUACGAAGCAAUUUCUUUGGAAUGACUAGUAUUCCAAUCAAAGAUGUACAACACUUGAAUAUUCAAUUCCUACCGGAGGGUACAUCUCUACCUGUUCGAAGAAACUUGUGGCAAUGUUUUGAAGAUAGUCUCAAAGGUCGAGCUUUUCUCAACAAGAUCAAACCGGUCUUUGAAGGUCGUGCAAAUCUCUUUUCUCCAAAACCUCUCGAGUGUGGUAAUGAUAAUCUUGGUAUUUCUUUUGAAGUCAACCUUCAACAUGGAAAUCGUUCUGGAGGUGUUUUCAAGUCAAAAAUCAAGCCUGUAUGUGUAAUCAACAUGAGUGAAUUACAAUUACUUUUGGAUGGAAAGUCUGGUAUUAUCAACAAUUGUUUAACUGCCAUUAUGGUUCUUGAUGUACUAUUUCGUCACGUUCCAAGCAUGCAAUAUUCCACUGUGGGUCGAUCCUUUUUCACUCCCCAAGACAAAUGUCCUUUACCCAAUGGUGCUGAAGUAUGGCAAGGCUUUCAUCAAUCUGCUCGUCCAACUAAAGGUAAAAUGAUGGUCAAUGUUGAUGUCAGUGCUACUGCUUUCUAUGAAUCUGGUCCUCUUCACGAAAUGUUACCCAAGCUACUUGACCGCCGCAGUCUUGAUGAUCUUCGUCGUGGUAUUCCUGACCGUGAACGUAUCAAAGUUGAAAAAAUACUCAAGAAUCUCAAGAUCGUUGUUGUCCAUCGUGGUGCUGAAAAACGAUUGAAGUACAAGAUUAACAAGCUCACUCCUACCUCUGCUGAAAACACUGUAUUCAAGGAUGAUACUGGAAAUGAAGUGACCGUUGCUCAACACUUUCAAAACACUUACAACAGACAUUUGGCCUUCCCUUUCUUACCCUGUAUUGUUGUCAAGAAGAAUACCUUUUUGCCUAUGGAAGUUUGUGAAGUAGUUUCUGGUCAAUGCCCUGUAGAGACACCGAGUGACUAUCAAAAAGGUGAAAUGAUCAAGUUUACUUGGAAUACACCCAAUGUGCGUGCCAACUUGAUCAAUCAAGGUUUCAACGUACUCGACUACAAGGACGAUCCGUAUAAUCAACAAUUUGGUGUCAGCGUCAAGCCUGAUAUGACCAUGGUCAAUGCUCGUGUUCUUCCGGCUCCAAAGAUCUCUUAUCAUGCUUCAGCUAGUUUUACUCCUGUCGGUGGUACUUGGAGUCUCCGUGGUAAGAAAGUCGCAAACGGUGCCACCUUGGAAUCUUGGUCUGUUGUCAAUUUUGCAAGCAGUAUCAAUGAUGGUUCGGUACGAUUUUUUAUUCGUGAACUAGGUCAAAUGUUCAUUGAUAAAGACUUAGAAAGCCAUUGAAGCCUCUGUCAAAAAAAAAAGGAAGGUAGGUAAGGACAAUGGAAAAAAGAAAUCAGUAGGUACAAGAACAGGAUAUUAUAUUCGCUUUUUGAAUGACACGAUGGAUAAUAUGGAUCAGUAUCCCGGAUUUAAAGGGUAUUAUCUUGUGAUGGACAAUGCGCCAAUACAACAAUCUAAGGACAUUGAAGCAACGAUUACCGAACGACAGUACAGAUGCAUUUAUCUUCCACCAUAUUCCCCGGAGCUCAACCCAAUUGAACAAUUCUGGUCUGUGGCAAAGAGCAAACUGAAGCGGUCCAAUCUUAUGGAUGAUGAAACUUUAUCAGACAGGAUAGGUGAAGCUUGUAGUUUAGUUACUCGUAGUGAUCUUACUGGAUUCAUCACACAUUCUAUCAAUCGCUUUGAUGAUUGCUUGAACAAACGUCCUAUGUGAUACUCUUUUUUUAUUUUUUAUUUUUUUAUUGUUUUAAUAAAG